CAGUGAUGGUCAGGGAUGUUUCCCACCAUCUUCCUGUUCUUUUCUCUCUUUCUCCAACUCCCCCUAGAGGCCGCCCAGGGAUGGCUGACUGCCUUUCAGGACCGCAGCAUUCUUGCCCCCCUGGCUUGGGAUCUGGGACUCCUGCUACUAUUUGUGGGGCAGCACAGCCUCAUGGCAACUGAGACAGUGAAGGUGUGGAUGUCCCAGUACUUUGGGGUUCUUCAGAGGUCACUCUACGUGGCGUGCACUGCCCUGGCCUUGCAGCUGGUGAUGCGAUACUGGGAGCCAGUUCCCAGAGGCCCUGUGUUGUGGGCAGCCCGAGCCGAGCCCUGGGCCACCUGGGUGCCCCUCCUGUGCUUUGUGCUGCACGUCAUUUCCUGGCUCCUCAUCUUCAGCAUCCUUCUCGUCUUUGACUACGCUGAGCUCAUGGGCCUCAAACAGGUGUACUACCAUGUGCUAGGGCUGGGUGAGCCUCUGGCCCUGAAAUCUCCCCGGGCUCUGAGGCUCUUCUCCCACCUUCGACACCCAGUGUGUGUGGAGCUGCUGACCGUGCUGUGGGUGGUGCCCACCUUGGGCACUGACCGUCUCCUCCUUGCUCUCCUCCUUACCCUCUACCUGGGCCUGGCUCACGGACUUGACCAGCAAGACCUCUGCUACCUCCGGGCCCAGCUGCAAAGAAAACUCCAGCUGCUCUCCCGGCCCCAGGAGGGUGGGGCCGAGUGAGGAGCUAACCCUGGUUUCAAGCCUGUGCUUCCUCUCCCCUCAGAAUUCAAAUCCCUUGACAUCCAGGUCCUGGCUGAUUCAGACCAGAGGCCCAAAUCCACGGACUGAAGGGGCUGUCCCAUCCACUCCACUCCCUGGGUCCAUCUCCAUACCCUAAAUUCUGAGUUUCAAGACAUAAGGUCCACUUCUCACAAGGGAGGAAGAGGGAUGGGGAUUUACAGGUCUCCUCACAGUUUAGGGCUUGACACCCCCUGGAGGAGUUUCCUGCCUGGCCACUCCCCGGGCACAGUUACUCGCCUCUGCACCUCGAGGAUCCCCUUCUUCACGUCGUGCUCGCACUCCUAGGAGUUGUGCGGGGGUCUGCAGGUUUGACAGUAGCGGCUGCCGGUCGAGGCUCCGCGCUAGCAGC